GAGAGGAGGGACAGAGCUGUUAAAGUCUCCGGGUCCUGCUUGCUGCCUCAUACUGCAGACGUUGAAGAAAGAAGCUGAAAUAUGAAGACUUUGGCCAUCCUGGUUCUCUGCUCUCUGGCAGUCAUCUGUCUGACCUCAGAUGCCUCUGCUGGCUCCCAGCCUGCCAGUGACAACCCUGCUCAGGAGGGCUUGUUUGUGGAGAGGGAGCAGGCCUCCACCGUGGUGAGACAGAAGAGAGCUGCUGGAGACUUAUCCCUGGCACAGCUGGAGAGCCUGAGAGAGGUGUGUGAGGCCAACCUGGCUUGUGAGGACAUGAUGGACACGCAGGGAAUCAUCGCCGCCUACACCGCCUACUAUGGACCAAUCCCCUACUAAAAGCCAAACCACACAUGGUUCAUCAUCAACUGUGUUUUGUUUUUAAAUUAAAUUAGAAUGCUCACCUUUGAGGUUCUACUUUUUUUUCUUUGCAGUUAAGCCAAAAAGCAUGAGAAAACAUUUCCAAAAGUGUGCCAGAAAAUGUUAAAGUGAGAGAUAUGGGGAUAAAGAUUCAAGCAGAAGGGUCUCUAUAAUUCUAUAAUUUCUCUUGUAGAGUAGUGUGAUGAAAUGAAAUAAAGAUAAAUAAAACUC